CAGCAAUCUGCUGUGAGAAAUUUCAAGAAUCUCUAGUUGCAUAUUUUCUUCUUGUAUCCUGAGGUCUCCUAUUAAGUGUGCUUUAUUCGUUUAGUUUAUUUUUACUAUUGCCAGAACUGUGUAAUUUUUGUUCUCUCGGGUGCAUGUUUCGUUGCACUACAAUUUCCAAUCACUGGUAUUUCCCUUGGUACUUUGUCGACUUCUUGCUUUUAGUGAAAAAAAAGGAUUGAUGUGGGCAGAGUAGUACAUAACUGUAAGGAAUAUAGGUGCCUGUCUAAAUAGGAAUAGACUGAAGAACCUAACCCCAGUAAUAAAUGGCAGAACCUGCUGGAGAGGUUCAUUGAAUGUGUAAAAACUCUGUGGCUCUCAGGUCAAUUUUUUAAAGCGAUGAUCAUUGUUUAAUAUCAAGACUAAGUAUUGUUAGUAUUCUGAUAUCUGUAUAUCAGAGCUUGUUCUGAUCGCCAUCUAUGUACCAAUUAUAUGUUCGUACAUGAUAUUACUUGAUUUUCUGUGGAAUUGUUUAAAACUGAUGUAUUAUUGUUUCUUAAAAAACAUUCAAAUUUCAGAAGCUACUGGCUGAGUUCAAGGCAUGGUUACAGUCUAAUGCGGACCAUGAAAGACUAUUCUACAGAGACCGUUUUGAGAAAAGAUAUAGCUCUUUAGUUGAUGCGGAAAAGCAGAUUCAGGCUGGUACAUUACUUGGGAGCAAACAACUUCUAAGCUCACAUGUGAUGGAAGCUUUUAGUCCGAGUGCUGCGUCAAAGCUGUUUGAUCAAGAAAUACGUGAAGUGUUCUUUUGGACUUUUGGCGGGCUCGGAGCAGCGGGUUUCUCUGCAUCGGUUUUGACUUCUAUUCUAUCAACAACAUUAGAAGAUAUUCUUGCUCUUGGCCUUUGUUCUGUGGCAGGCUUUUUAGCAAUCUCCAAUUUUCCAGCUCGUAGGCGACAGGCUGUGGAUAAGGUGAAGAGAAUCGCGGAUGGGUUAGCACGUGAGAUUGAAGAAGCGAUGCAGAAAGACGUGUUGGAGACAAGUUUGUACUUAGAGGGUUUGGUAGAACUCAUCGGCAAGCCUUAUCGAGAAGCAGCACAGGGGAGACUGGACAAGCUUUUGGCUACUGCCGACGAACUGACAAAAAUGAAGACCAAACUGAAAGCGUUGCAAAUUGAAAUUUACAAUCUCAAUUAGUUAGUGUUUGGAUAGGGGAAUUCAUUUCAAAUCUUGAAUUUCAAUUCUAUAAUUUGAAAUUCCAUAAUUCAAAUUCUAUUUCGGUGUUUGGCAACCACAAGAAAUUCAAAAAUCAUAA